GAAUCAUCAGAGAUCACGUUCGUUAUUGAAAUGAACAUUGUUCCAAGUAUUUAUAGUCUCGACAAAGUGCAAAUUUUGAAUAUACAUUAUCUGUUGGUUCUUUAAUCGAUUUAUUUCCACUCGAUAUCGACGGUCGGUAUGGUUUUAUGUACGCCAAGUUGCCGAAAAUGGACUACGUUUGGUGUUUCAGCCUGUUUGAUAGUUUUUGGAAUAAUACUAGUUUGUAUGUGGAGCAGUAUUGUGAAAGGGAUCGUUCAACAUGAGCUAUCUUUGGCUAGUCCAGAAACCAUAGGAUUUUCCAUGUGGAAAGAGACCCCCAUUCCGAUGUACUUAGCGUUUCGUUUCUUCAACUGGACUAAUUAUGAAGAAGUUAAAAAUAAUUGGACAAUAAAACCAAUGUUUGUUGAGCUCGGACCGUAUACUUACCAUGAGCAUCAUAUUAGGGAGAACAUUACUUUCAAUGACAAUAACACAGUAACUUUUUAUAAUAAAAGAAUAUGGAAAUAUGCCCCAGAGAAAUCAGUAGGUUCUUUGGAUGAUAAGAUAACUACCUUCAAUCCUAUCGUAGCGGCUGUGGCAAAUUUAGUAAAGGAUAAGCACUAUCUAGUCAGAGUGGGAGUGAAUUUUUUUCUGGAAGAGAAAAAAGUUCCUCUGGUGGUUACGAAGACUGUUAAAGAAUUCCUUUUUGAGGGAUACGACGAUGAGAUGUUGGAACUGCUACACAAAUUACAUGUUAAAGGAAUCAAUGUGCCUUUUCAGAAAUUUGGAUGGUUUGUAGACAGAAAUAACAGUGCAGAAUAUGAUGGCCUGUUCAAUAUGAAUAAUGGCCGUGAUACUAUCGACAAAUUAGGUCUUGUAAGAUUUUGGAACUAUCAAAAUAGUGUUCCUUACUGGAAAGGACAAUGUGGAAAGGUCGAAGGAACUACAGGAGAACUAUGGUAUCCACCGAAAGACACGAAGACCAUAAAAAUUUUCUCUAAUGAUCUUUGUAGCUCAGUAGCUUUGGAUCAUGAUGGGGAAUUGACUCUACAUGGCAUAGAUGGCCAUAAAUAUGUAGGCGGAGCACGAACGUUCGACAAUGGAUCCCAAUAUCCAGAGAUGGAAUGUUUCGUCCCGAACGGUUUUCAACUGUCCGGUGUUAGAAACGUUUCCCUUUGCAAGUAUGGAGCUCCUGCUUUUAUAUCUUUCCCUCAUUUUUAUCAAGCAGAUCCAUUUUACUUGGAAUCUAUAGAAGGAUUAAAACCUGUUAAGGAAAAACAUGAAAUGUUCCUAUGCUUAGAAGCAAUGACUGGAUUGCCGUUGAUUGUUCGGGCCUCCUUUCAGUUGAAUUUGCAGAUGCAGCAGAUGGAUGGCAUCAAAAUGUUGGAAAAUGUGCAAACCAGGUUGAUGCCUGCAUUUUGGUUUGAACAAUCUGCAGAGUUAGAUGAAGCUCUUGCAUCGCAAGUCAAAAUCCUAUUAUUACUGCCAGCUGCGGGAAAUUAUUCUGGAUACGGAAUAAUCUGCAUUGGACUGCUAACAUCACUGAUUGCUUGCAUAGUUACAUUCCGAAAAGGAUGGAAGGAAAGUGAGGAGGAGCAGUUGUUGAACCAGGAUCAAUUCUAACUAGAAUUUUUUCACUCCAUAAAGUACGACCUUAGACGAAUCAACAUAUUGAGUUUUCAAAUAAUAACCUUAUACGGCUUGUUGAUUCACUUUUCCGUUUUGAAAAAGGUAAAUUAUGGCAUGAAAUCAGAAUAAGACUUUCUUUCCCUUGUUUGUAUAGUAAAAUCAAAUUUACAAAAGUUCAACGGACCACUUACUGAAUUUUUUUUUAAAUAGAAUGAGCUUUUAAUUUUUGGAAGCCAUGACUGAAAUGUUACUAUGACCACCUUAGUUGAAGAGAGAACUAGGCUGUUAUAGUACUUUCAUUUAAAUUAGAUGUUCGAAAAAUGGCACUCAAAAACUUAAAGAAUACAUACACCAACUUUACAACUAAAGCAAUAGUUAAUACUUUAUAAUUAUAUUGCUAAUGCCCAUAAAUUCCGCUCAUGCUACUAGAUUUUUCAUCUUCAUACCUUGAGGAGUGCAAUCGCCUUUCAUUUAAUAGAUUCUCAGAAAUUUUAUACUUCCAAUUUUUUUUUCAGAAGAGUUUAUUUCGUUAAGUGAAUGCUCAUUCAAAUAAACAGUAAAACUGAAGCAGUCUCUCAGUAACUUUUCAUUUGAGUGCAACUACUGACUGCCUCACUUUUUUUAAAGAAUUGUAUUCAAAAAUAAUUAUAUUUUCAUACUGACUGCGCCACUUUUUAUGAGGAAUUAGAGUUUUGAGCAAUUAUAUAUUUUUUACUUCAUAGUAUGUAUUACAUUAAAUUUAUAUCUUAGUAAAUUUGUGUUUUAUCUGUCAGUGCACUCUUGAAUAUGAAUAUUUGUUAAAGCUUUUCUUGUCAUGUCUUGAAAAAUCAGCAAAAUUGAGAGGCGUUAACAAUUAAUUGUGUUUGACACAGUCUGAUCAGAGCUUUUCAGUGCAACUUGGUUUGUAAUUUUUUUAGUGCCAAUGUUUCAUUGUGCCAUAAUUAGGGCCAGCAUACAACUUUUUGAUUACUAAAUCACUCCUUUCCGUUGGUAUCAAAAAGUCAGUAUUUUGUUUUUAACUUUUUGCCAUUAGUGAUAUUACAAAAAAGUAUUUAUGCAGAUUAUAAAUAGCAACAUAAAAUAAUGUCAAGUUUUUCUCUAAUGUUUACUGGUACUCUAAACUUAUAUUGUGAUAUUAAAUAUUUUUGUACUAUUACAAUAAUGAAUAAAUGGAAUUGUUAUUA